UCACCCUGCUGCUUCAAAAUGCGGAGGGAAGGGUGAAGGGCACCGCAGCGAUGCCGAGGGCAUAUCUCUGCCUCUAACUAAUGAACAGGAAAUAGGAAGCCUGGAGGAGAAGGUGAUGGAGAAGGAAUUUAGAGCAAAACUGGUUCAGCAUCUCUCAUGCAUCGGAGGAGACUGCGUCACCUCUGUUACACGGAGAAUUUUAAAACGCCUCUUCUCUUCACAGCUGGCUCAAAAUUACAAUUAUAGUGGAGCCAGAGGAAAGAAAAGUUUCCAGUCACUUCAACUGAGAAGCGUAUUAAUUGCUGCAGUCCGUAAAACAUUUGCUGCCACAUCAGAAGUAGAGGUGGAUUGCAUUGCGCGAAAAUGGUUCGCGAAUGCAAGAGAUUUGGAUGGAGGGAGGAUUCGAAGGGCAAUGUCAUCCUCUGGGAUUCCACCGCUUAUGGACUGAUAUUUGUGGUCACAUUUUUCUAAUUAUCUUUUAUCUUUUUUCUAAUUAUCUUUUAUGUGACUAAAUUGUUUAACUUGGUUAUAAAUAAUUAUUUCUAAAAUAAGUUUCAUUGUGUGGUAAAAGAUUUUUGACUAAUUUUAUGUAAAUAACUGGAUGAAUGCUUGUAUAUUCAAAAACAAUGAACUUUUAUGCUUUAGAUAACAUAAACUAUUAAAAUAGAUUUUGUUGUAAAUAAAAUUUUAUCACAUCUUUUGCCUGCUAUUUGUGCGUUGAGGAAAUGAAGAGAUUUUGGAAAGCUGUUGAAUGUUUUCUUCAUGGUGUGACAGCCAGCUGUGUACCAGUGUGAGAUUGGGUGAGGGAUGCAGAAAGGGGUGGGGGGAAAUCAAUGGGGCUUUCGUGGGAAAUGAAUAUUCAUGGGCGAUUGGUAGCUGUGCUAUGGGUAUUUCGUGGGAAAACACGACUUCUCAUGGGCGAUCGGUGGGAAUGCAAUG